AUAUCGGCCACUGUAAACAAACGACCUCCGCUCAGGAUACCGAUACGGACCGACCCGGGGGGGGGGGGGGGGUACUCGACCGGCCUCCGCUGUCGCCCGGAGCAGCCAGUGCGCAGUGGUACCCGAACGAGGCCGGUCACCAUCCGGUCAGCACGCAGUGUUCAGUACCACAGAACCACAGGGGAUCGGCGAGGGACGGCGAGCCAACUGCUCAGCUGAGCCGAGAUCCAGUCGCUCCUGAGCGCCGCUCCAGGACCGUGGGCUGGCCGCUGUAGGACCGUGGUGAGCCAGCCGGACGUGAUGUCGGCGGCGGUGACGGCCGCGCUGCUGCUGCUGGCGGCCAGUCUCUGCGGCGCGCGCUACGAGCCCACCUGGGACUCUCUGGACACGCGACCCAUCCCCGGCUGGUACGACGAGGCCAAGUUCGGCAUCUUCAUCCACUGGGGACUCUACUCGGUGCCCAGUUUCGGCGACGAGUGGUUCUGGGACUUCUGGCAAGAGCAGAAAUAUGAGCAGUACGUGGAGUUUAUGGAGAAAAACUACCGGCCCAACUUCACGUACGCCGACUUCGCGCCUCAGUUCACGGCCGAGUUCUACGACCCAGACCAGUGGGCCGACAUAUUCAAAGCCGCCGGUGCUCAGUACAUUGUUCUGACGAGCAAGCACCACGAGGGCUUCACCAUGUGGCCGUCCAAGUACGCCUGGAACUGGAACGCCGUGGAUACCGGGCCUAACCGGGACCUGCUCGGUGACCUGGCGAAGUCGAUUCGGAACCGAACCGACAUCAAGUUCGGCGUCUACCACUCGCUGUUCGAAUGGUUCAACCCUCUCUUCCUGGCCGACAAGGAGUCCAACUUUACACAGAAGGCCUUCCCUGGCGCCAAGACCAUCCCCGAACUCUACGAACUGGUAAACGAGUACCAGCCGGAGGUGAUCUGGUCGGACGGCAGUAUCGCCGCCCCCAGCUCCGACUACUGGGGCAGUAAGGACUUCAUCGCCUGGCUCUACAACGACUCACCGGUCAAGGAUACGGUGGUGACCAACGACCGCUGGGGUCCGGACGCCAGCUGCGCGCACGGUGACUUCUUCACCUGCCAGGACCGCUACAACCCGGGCGUCCUGCUGCCGCACAAGUGGGAGAACUGUAUGACCAUCGACAGCAAGUCCUGGGGCUACCGGCGCGAGGCCGUCCUCGCCGAUAUCCUGUCAAUGGACGACCUCACCAAGACGAUGGCGGAGACGAUCAGCUGCGGCGGUAACCUUCUGAUGAACGUCGGACCCACGCACGACGGUCGUAUCGUGCCCAUCUUCGAGGAGCGGCUCCGGCAGAUGGGCGAGUGGCUCGGCAUCAACGGCGAGGCCAUCUACAGCUCGAAGCCGUGGUCACACCAGAACGACACGCUGACGGCCGGCGUGUGGUACACCCAGCGGGACGGCGCCGUGUUCGCCAUCGUGCUCGACUGGCCCGAGAGCGACACCCUCCAGCUGGGAGCCGUCACACUGGCCGCCGACAGCAAGGUCUUCAUGCUCGGCUGCCAGGACCCGCUCAAGUGGUCUCAGCCGGCCGACGGGCCCCUGCACGUGGCGUUCCCUGACCUGACCCAGGUCACCUCGCGCUGGGCGUGGGUGCUCAAGAUGGAUGGUGCGACACCCGUCUCUGACGAGGAAAACCGUCUCUAGGACGGCUACUGGCACCUGAUGGAGGAUCAGGGAUCACUUGGCCGGAAAAUUGUGGAGCUGCGCGGGAGGGAUUAUUGAUUAUGUAAUGAGAUGAUGGUCUAAUGGGCUCUCAGGAGGCAAAGAUUGGUCGCUCAUCGUGCAUCACGACCCCUUGUAUUCAAAGAUCUCCAAAUAUGGUGGGAAGAGGAGAGUGCCGUGCCUUAUGAAAUGGCUAAUAAAACGAAAUAGAAAUUG